AUGGCUGGUCAUCAAGGUAUAGUGAUGCCUGCCCUAUGUUUAUGGGUGUUUGUUUUCUCAGCCCUCUUUUACGCAAGCAAAGUACGGGCGGACUGCUGGUUGAUUGAAGGAGACAAGGGAUUUGUAUGGCUUGCAAUUUGCAGCCAAAACCAGCCGCCCUAUGAAUCCAUACCACAGCACAUUAACAGUACCAUUGUGGACUUGCGGCUCAAUGACAAUAAAAUUAAAAGUGUGCACUACGCAUCACUCAGCCGCUUUGGCAACCUGACGUACCUCAACCUCACGAAGAAUGAGGUGUCCUACAUUGAAGAUGGAGCUUUUGCUGGUCAGUUUAAUUUGCAGGUCCUUCAGCUAGGUUACAACAGAUUAAGAAAUCUUACUGAGGGAAUUCUAAGAGGACUGGGUAAGUUGGAGUACCUCUACCUCCAAGCGAACCUUAUUGAAACUGUGACUCCUAAUGCCUUUUGGGAGUGCCCAAAUAUUAUGAACAUUGAUUUGUCCAUGAACCGCAUCCAGAGGCUGGACAGCAACACAUUUGUGAAUCUCAACAAGCUGACUGUAUGUGAGUUGUACAGUAACCCUUUUUAUUGCUCAUGUGAGCUUCUGGGCUUCCUGAAGUGGUUGGACGUAUUUACUAACAUGACACGCACCUUUGACCGCAUGCAGUGCGAUUCUCCGCCGGACUACGCUGGUUACUAUUUGCUGGGCCAGGGUCGAUCAAACUAUAGAAAUGCUCUCGGCAUGUUGUCCUCUCUCUGCACAGAUGGCUCAUAUACAAUGAUGCCACACCUUAUGUCUCCGAGAUAUCAAGCAACAACUGGUCCUCCUGAAAUGCCAUGUUCUGAAGAGGAUUGCUUUUCUGGAGAUGGAACUACACCCUUGAUUAAUGUAUACACCCCACCUGCCAACUCCAAGGUCAGCCUCAGCGUCAACUUAAAUACAGAAACGCACACAGACGCAACUCUUGUGGCAGAAAUACCUUACCCAUUUAGCAAGAUGUACAUCUUGGUCCAGUACAACAAUAGUUUCUUUACUGACAUUCGGAACCUGAAGACAGAGAAAGAGUUUAUUAAACUGGAUGGUUUGAAAGCCAAUACAAACUACACUUAUUGCGUGGCCUCCAUUCGUAACUCUCUCAGGUUCAACCACACCUGUAUAGCCUUUUACACACGCAGCCAUACCAAAACAGAACCUGUGCCUACUCCAUCCACUGCCACUCACUACAUCAUGACUAUACUUGGCUGUUUGUUUGGUAUGGUUAUCAUUCUGGGUAUUGUUUAUUACUGCCUGCGCAAAAGGAGACAGAAGGAAAAAAAGCACAAAAAGGCAGGAAGUAAUAUGAAAAAAACUAUUAUUGAACUCAAAUAUGGGCCUGAGAUGGAGACGCCCAGCAUCACUCAGCUGUCUCAAGGGCAGAUGAUGAGUGCCGAGACAAUAUCUCGCAUUCCUUACUUGCCUUCAGUGGGAGAAGUAGAGCAGUACAAAUUAAUAGAGACAAGUGAAACACCGAAAACCACCAAGGGGAACUACAUGGAGGUGCGGACAGGUGAACAGUCUGAGCGAAGGGAUUGUGAACUCUCCAUGCCCCCGGAUUCUCAGAGUUCUGUGGCUGAGAUUUCCACAAUUGCUAAAGAGGUGGACAAAGUUAAUCAGAUAAUUAAUAAUUGCAUAGAUGCACUGAAAUCGGAGUCCACCUCUUUCCAAGGGGUGAAGUCAGGAGCUGUAUCUACAGCGGAACCCCAGUUAGUACUGAUUUCAGAACAGAUUCCAAGCAAGCAUGGAUUUCUUUCACCAGUUUAUAAGGAAAGCUACUCCCACCCUUUGCAGAGGCAUCACAGUAUGGAGGGCCCUCCCAAACGCUCCAGCACUUCUUCCAGUGGCUCUAUCCGCAGUCCCCGAUCAUUUCGCUCUGAGGGGUCAGCACACAAGUCUGAAGCAAAGUACAUUGAGAAGACAUCCCCUACUGCUGACACCAUCCUCACUGUGACUCCAGCUGCUGCUAUCUUGAGAGCAGAAGCAGAGAAGAUCCGUCAGUAUACAGAACACCGACAUUCCUACCCUGGCUCACACCAGGGCGAGCAGCAGCAACAGCAGCAGCAACAACAGCAACCUCCGCAACACGACAACAUGGGAGGGCGCAAGACUUCAAUACUGGAACCUUUAACCCGUUCUCGGCCAAGGGAACUAGCCUACUCCCAACUUUCGCCUCACUAUCACAACCUGAGCUACACUUCCAGCCCAGAAUACACGUGCAAACCCUCCCACAGCAUCUGGGAGCGUUUCAAACUGCAUCGCAAGCGCCACAAAGAGGAAGAAUACAUGGCUGCGGGCCAUGCCCUGCGCAAAAAGGUCCAGUUUGCCAAAGAUGAGGAUCUCCAUGACAUCCUAGACUACUGGAAGGGCGUCUCUGCCCAGCACAAGUCCUGA